AUGAAGAACAGAGCAAAUGACACAACCCUACCACCAAUAGUCCCCUGGAAUGUUGACAAACUCAAAUAUGAAUAUCCAAAUGAAAUACCUCUAUCAGUUGCCAGCCAAGGGGGAUUGCCAUAUUUUCGAGAAUCAAUGGUGAAACAGGGAAGUUUCAUGCCUGUCCCUGAUCUAAGGGACCCAAUGUCAUAUAGAUCGUUCUUGCCAAGAUCUCUGGCAUUAAAAAUUCCUUUUUCCUUUGCUCGGAUCAUGGAAUUGAAGAAGCUCUUUACUGAGGAUAAUGAAUCAAACAUGGUUGAGUAUAUUCAAGGAACCCUUGAGGUAUGUGAUGAGAAGAGCCUCAUUCGAGGCGAGCAGUCCACUUGUGCGAAUUCGGCUGAGGAUCUCAUUGAUUUUGUUGUCGAGAAAUUAGGGAAACAUAUACGUAUCUGGAGUACCGAGAGCAUCGAAGGAUCUUAUGAGAAUGUCACAAUUGGAGAUGUGAAACUAAUCUAUGGAAACCUCUCUGAACCACCAGUCUUAUGUCAUAGUCAACCAUUUCCAUUUCAAGUCUAUUAUUGCCAUGUUUUACCCAAAGUAAAAGUAUAUGCAGUUGAUAUACAUGCUCGGAAGAAAGUGAAUCAUGCGAUCAUGGCAUGUCACUAUGACACAUCAACUUGGAAUCCAAACCAUCUUGCUUUUAAGCUAUUGGGUUUUGGCCCAAGCCUAAUUGAAGUUUGUCAUUGGAUAAAUGAAAAUGGAAUGAUUUGGACAAAGACUUUAGGUUGA